AUGUCGCAGCCACGCGAUGAGGACGACGUUAUCAAGAGGAAGGGGAAGGCUUUAAGAACCACCGCGGAACAUCUCCUUCCUUCGGCGGCACCGCCGCCAUCUCUUCCUGAUGAGAUCAUCACCGAAAUCCUGCUGAGGCUUCCAGCGAGGUUGCUUGUUCAGUUAAGGAGUGUCUGCAGUUCAUGGAAAACCCUAAUUUCCAGCUCCCGAUUCGCCAGCGAUCAUCUUCGCCGUUCAAUCACCGCCGCAGAACCAAGCUUGAGCGAGCCACGAAUCGCUUAUCCUAGAUGGUGGCAUAAACACAACCAAUUCGGAGAUUUCUCCGUACGAUCCGUGUUCGAGAAGCCUUUUACAGAAGGGGUCUGCUUCGAGGGAAAACGUGACUACAACAUUAUUGGUUCAUGCAAUGGAUUACUCUGCUUGGUUGAUGCUGAUCAUAAUAAGAUCCACAACCGUGUGAAUGUCAUCUUGUGGAACCCCUGCACUGGAUUGACAUCUCAAGAACUGGAAUUUGAGGGUUUAUUGAAUGUUUGUGGCUUCGGCUAUGACCAUGUUAGUGACAGUUACAAGCUUGUUGGAAUUGUAAAUGAGGAAGAGAAAACACUAAAACCUCAUAAAUCUGCAACCACUAUAUAUACACUUGGAUUGAAUUCUUCAUGGAGAAAGAUUCAGGAUAUGGCAUUUAAGACCAGAUAUAUAGAGAAUAAGGUAGGGGUAUUCGUCCCCGGCAGCGGAACUCUUAAUUGGAUUGUUCCAGGUGAUGGUGCUUUUAAUCCCAUGGUUCUUUCCCUUGAUUUGGAGAAGGAGACUCAUAGUUUGUUUUCCCCGCCUAAUCAUAGGGAUAUGUAUUGUCAUUUCAAAAUCCUGCAGUUAUGUGUGCUGAGGAACUACCUUGCAAUUUGUUGUGAACAUAGAACUCAUUGCCCUGUGUGGUUGAUGAAGGAGUAUGGAGUGUCUGAAUCUUGGACUAAAUUGGCCAUGAUCCCACAGUACCUUAGCAUACACGUUAUUCCUCUGUAUCUUUGGGAAAAUGAUGUUCUUCUGGGGACUGCUUCUCCUUAUUCAAGAAUAAUUAGGUAUAACUUAAACCAUGGCAACUUUAAGUUCCCUGUCAUUGAUGGCCACAGGGAUGGCAUGAUGAAAGUUGCUCCUUUGUCUAAGCACUCGAUGGCGGCGAAGCGAUUCCAUGUUUAUCAUGAAAGCUUGGUUUCUCCAUCACACUGUGGUCUUCUAAGUAGCACAUCUGAAAUGCGUUGGAUCAAACUCAUCAAAGUCAUCAAAAACCCAUGUCUACAAUCUCUUCCAAGUGAAUUCCUCUAUUGGUAA